UGCAUGGCCUGGGGCUUCUGGGGUCUGGGUCAUUCUUGGCUUCAAAGCUGUGCAUGAGCCUUCUCUUUCAGGGAGCCCUCUUUAACUGCAGCCUGUAUGUGGGCUUCUCCCUUGCCCCUGCUUCUCUAGUCUAGAACUUGUAGCUCUGCAUCUGAAUAGUCAGCUUGGGCGCUGUAGGGUGCUGCUUCCCAUGAUCCCCUGUGCCCAUCCCAGAACCCAGUACAUGGUAGGGACUCAAUAAAUGUCAACUGAGCCGGGUGUGGUGGGGUUCCUGGGCCAUGGAAGACCUGGCACUUACUCAAAUGGUCCCAAGGCCCCUCCAGGACAGGGGGGCCUGGUGUUGAGAUUACUGUGGCUGCCACCCUGACCAGGUCCUUGCCAGCUUCUCCUCUGACCCUGGGCAGGUACCUGAGCCUCUUUGAGCCUCAGUGUCCUCAUCUGUUAGAUGGAGACUAUUGUGACACCUCUAGUGAGAGUACAGUGGGAACUGAGAGAGGUGGAACUGAGCAAAAUCCUGAGCCAGGGUUCACUAUUGACCACAGCAGGCGGCUGAGAAGAAUGUUGGAUCCCCGGCUCCACGGCCCACCAGCCAUCUGGGACUGGCAAACCCACAGGAACGGAAGGUUCCUCAGGGACCACAAAGCCCAUGUGAGGUCCCUACUGCUGAAGGGAUUCUGAGGACAGGAGGAGCCAAAUUACCUAUCCAGGGUCACCCAGCCAAGGCGGGUUAGGACCUGAGUUUGGUGGCUCUCAGGUCUGGCCAAUUUCUUUUUCUUUUUUUUUUUUUUUUGGUGGAGUCUUGCUCUGUUGGGUCGGGCAGGAGUGCAGUGGCACGAUCUUGGCCCACUGCAAUCUCCAUCUCCCAGGUUCAAGUGAUUCUCAGGCCUCAGCCUCCUGAGUAGCUGGGAUUACAGGCAUGUGUCAUGACGCCCAGAUAAGUUUGUUUGUUUGUUUUUCCCAGACUGAGUUUCACUCUAAUGCUCAGGCUGGAGUGCAGUGGUGUGCUCUUGCCUCACUGCAAUGUCUGCCUCCCAGGUUCAAGUGAGUCUUGUGCCUCAGCCUCCCAAAGUGCUGGGAUUACAGGCAUGAGCCACUGCGCCCAGCCCCUGGCCAGUUUCUGCACACCAGUGGCUGAGGAGGGAGCUGGCCUGGGAGGAACGCCGGGAGGGGAGGGGCGAGCCAGGAGCCAGGACCCCGGGACCCUCCGAGGAGUGGAUUAGUGCCUCCCUCAGAGUUAGGACAUGGCCUUGGGUCCAACAGGCCUAAGUCUGAGUGUGUGUGUUGUGUGGCCUUAAACACAUCACUCCCUCUCCUGCACCGUCCAGCCUCUGUUUUCCACCUUCUGUUUUCUCAUUGAUAAGAUAGGCCUGACCAGGUCAUUCAGGGAAUGAAAUGGAAGUGCUUAGCAAGACCUCUGUAAGUGGAGGCUGCUGCUGUCACUGUUGCCAUUAUCCUACCUCUCCGCUCCACCCACCUCCUGCUCCUCUUCUUUAACCCUCAGCCCUUCCUGAGUCGGACUUUAACCUGGCCAAGUCAGGGCUCUGUCUCAGGACGCAUGGAGCCAGGGCUGGAAGUCUCCACUGGGUAGGCGCCAGGCAGCCCCUGCAGGUUGGGGAGGUGGAGGCUGCUGGAGUCGAGAGGAGCCAGCUCGCCAUGGCCAAACAGCUGCAGGCCCGAAGGCUAGACGGGAUCGACUACAACCCCUGGGUGGAGUUUGUGAAACUGGCCAGUGAGCAUGACGUCGUGAACUUGGGCCAGGGCUUCCCGGAUUUCCCACCACCAGAAUUUGCCGUGGAAGCCUUUCAGCACGCUGUCAGUGGAGACUUCAUGCUCAACCAGUACACCAAGACAUUUGGUUACCCACCACUGACGAAGAUCCUGGCAAGUUUCUUUGGGAAGCUGCUGGGUCAGGAGAUAGACCCGCUCAGGAAUGUGCUGGUGACUGUUGGUGGCUAUGGGGCCCUGUUCACAGCCUUCCAGGCCCUGGUGGACGAAGGAGACGAGGUCAUCAUCAUCGAACCCUUUUUUGACUGCUACGAGCCCAUGACAAUGAUGGCAGGGGGUCGUCCUGUGUUUGUGCCCCUGAAGCCGGGUCCCAUCCAGAAUGGAGAACUGGGUUCCAGCAGCAACUGGCAGCUGGACCCCACGGAGCUGGCCGGCAAAUUCACAUCACGCACCAAAGCCCUGGUCCUCAACACCCCCAACAACCCCCUGGGCAAGGUGUUCUCCAGGGAAGAGCUGGAGCUGGUGGCCAGCCUGUGCCAGCAGCAUGAUGUGGUAUGUAUCACUGAUGAAGUCUACCAGUGGAUGGUCUACGACGGGCACCAGCACAUCAGCAUUGCCAGCCUCCCUGGCAUGUGGGAACGGACCCUGACCAUCGGCAGCGCCGGCAAGACCUUCAGCGCCACUGGCUGGAAGGUGGGCUGGGUCCUGGGUCCAGAUCACAUCAUGAAGCACCUGCGGACCGUGCACCAGAACUCCGUCUUCCACUGCCCCACGCAGAGCCAGGCUGCAGUAGCGGAGAGCUUUGAGCGGGAGCAGCUGCUCUUCCGCCAACCCAGCAGCUACUUUGUGCAGUUCCCACAGGCCAUGCAGCGCUGCCGUGACCACAUGAUACAUAGCCUACAGUCAGUGGGCCUGAAGCCCAUCAUCCCUCAGGGCAGCUACUUCCUCAUCACAGACAUCUCAGACUUCAAGAGGAAGAUGCCUGACUUGCCUGGAGCUGUGGAUGAGCCCUAUGACAGACGCUUCGUCAAGUGGAUGAUCAAGAACAAGGGUUUGGUGGCCAUCCCUGUCUCCAUCUUCUAUAGUGUGCCACAUCAGAAGCACUUUGACCACUAUAUCCGCUUCUGUUUUGUGAAGGAUGAAGCCACGCUCCAGGCCAUGGACGAGAAGCUGCGGAAGUGGAAGGUGGAGCUCUAGCCCUGAAGUCACGCCUUGGCCCUGACAUCCCCACAUGCCCGCAGAGAUCCUCUUUGAGUGUCUGUCUUUGUCCAGGUUUCAGACAUUUCUAGGUUGGGGAAGAUGCUAUUGGGAAACCUCUUCUCUGUGACAGAAUGUUCUGGGUGGGAGCCGCCCUUCUUCAUCUUAGAGAACCAAGUGCCUCCUGUCUGAAAGGUGAGGGUGGCCUGACCUGGGCCUCUCCCUGCCCCUCCAUAGGUGGGUUUGUAGGGUCUUGUGUUGCUUCUGGUCUCUCCAGGCUUGGCUGAGACGGACGGUAGACUUCCACCAUGUACCGAUCACAUCCCAGCUCUGCGUGGCCCCUGCUAAGGCUCGGGUAUAACCUCACCUUCCCUGGCUCAUCUUGGCCUUGGGGAGUUGCCUUUAGGCUUGAGUCCUCAAGCCUCUCCUUUUCGUCCAUAAUAAAAUGUUUAAGUUAUUCAGA